GAUAGAGGCGGAAAUGUCGUUAGCUGGGAGGUUGUGGUGGUCAUAGAAAUAGAAGUACACAUUAUGGGAUUACAUUGUAGGAUGUCAGAAGGUACUUUCUUUUAUUCUCAGUGCCGUCCCCUCCACUGGCAGUAAAAAAAUAGAUAUGGGAAGUAAAAAUUAUUUUUUAAAGGCAAAACUACUAGUGUUAAUGAUAAUGGCAACGACAUCAAAAGACGUGAGCUUCAAAUGGCAUGAGCUUUCGUCUUUGGUUCUAAUGUGUGUAUAUUUUUGCGCGGAGCGUUAAGGUGGUUGUCAAAUGCCAGCUACGAUGAAGUCUUGGAUUUCCCCGAUGGUGUCUCUGAGCGGUUGCCCCCAUUCUAAGGAGGGAUGACCAGGGCUUCAAAGAGAGCCAGAAAAGCCUGAAGAAAAAUGAACCGAAACAACACUGCCAACAUGAGCCGUCACCAGCCACAAGAGAGGUUGACCCGUACAGACAUCUGUGGGAUGCUCCGUGAAGAGCUGUGCAAGGGGAAUGACUUCCACAAGUCAGAUACCCACAUCUUUAUCAUCUUGGGGGCUUCGGGUGAUCUAGCCAAGAAGAAGAUCUAUCCAACCGUCUGGUGGCUGUACCGGGAUGGGCUGCUUCCUGAUGACACUUUUGUGGUGGGUUAUGCCCGGUCCCAGCUCACCGUUGCUGACAUCCGCAAGCAGAGCCAGCCGUAUCUCAAGGCCAGCCCUGAAGAAGAACAGAAGUUAAACGAUUUCUUUGCCCGCAACUCCUAUGUCUCAGGAAAGUACGAUGACCGGGCCUCCUUUGACCGGCUCAAUGCUCACCUGAACGCCCUUCACAAUGGCAAGAAGGCCAACCGUCUCUUCUACCUGGCCCUGCCACCCAGUGUCUAUGAGCAUGUCACUGGCAACAUCCAGCAGACCUGCAUGAGUGCUGUGGGCUGGAAUCGCAUCAUUGUGGAAAAGCCUUUUGGCAAGGACUUGGAAAGCUCCAACAAAUUGUCAAAUCACAUCUCAGCACUUUUUAAAGAAGACCAGAUCUACCGCAUUGACCACUACCUGGGCAAGGAGAUGGUGCAAAACCUGAUGGUGCUCAGGUUUGGGAACCGGAUCUUCGGCCCCAUCUGGAACCGUGACAACAUUGCCUGUGUUAUUCUGACCUUCAAAGAGCCGUUUGGCACUGAGGGACGGGGCGGCUACUUUGAUGAGUUUGGCAUUAUCCGGGAUGUAAUGCAGAAUCACCUUCUCCAGAUGCUUUGCCUGGUUGCCAUGGAGAAACCAGCAUCUACCAACUCUGAUGAUGUGCGUGAUGAGAAGGUGAAGGUUCUAAAGUGUAUCUCAGAAGUGAAGCCUGAGAACGUGGUGCUUGGUCAGUAUGUGGGAGAUGCAGCUGGCAAUGGGGAGGCUCAGAAGGGCUAUCUGGAUGACCCCACUGUCCCAGCUGGUUCCACCACCCCUACCUUUGCUGCUGCUGUGCUCUAUGUGGACAAUGAAAGGUGGGAUGGAGUGCCAUUUGUCCUGCGCUGCGGCAAGGCACUGAAUGAGCGUAAGGCGGAGGUGCGGCUGCAGUUCCGGGAGGUGCCAGGUGACAUUUUUCAGCGCCAGUGCAAGCGCAAUGAACUGGUCAUCCGUGUGCAGCCCAAUGAAGCCGUCUAUACCAAAAUGAUGACUAAGAAACCAGGCAUGUUCUUCAACCCAGAAGAAUCUGAACUGGAUCUCACCUAUGGCAACCGCUACAAGGAUGUGAAGCUCCCAGAUGCUUAUGAGCGACUCAUCUUGGAUGUUUUCUGCGGGAGUCAGAUGCAUUUUGUGCGCAGUGAUGAGCUACGUGAGGCCUGGCGAAUUUUCACUCCACUGCUCCAUAAGAUUGAGGCAGAGAAAACCAAACCAAUUCCCUAUUGCUAUGGCAGCCGUGGCCCUGCAGAGGCAGAUGAGCUGAUGAAGAAGGUGGGGUUCCAGUAUGAAGGCACCUACCGCUGGGUCAACCCUCACAAGCUGUGACCACUGCCCGGGUGGCUCACAUGGAGUGGUAACCGCUGCUCCUCACUGUAGAAGCUGAGCUGGCCAGGCUAAGCAGGGGGCUCUCUGUGCCCCAGUCCCUGCAGGCUACAUUUGAAAAAUGAUGGGUUUUGUCCUAGGAACACCUGCUGGGUAUAGGCAUCAGUGCACUCCCCCAGCAUCACCUGGGCUUUGAUGUGAGGCUAGUAAUCUCCAUUACCCUCAUUGUGGGCCUUCAAUAGCAGGUGCCUCUAGUCCAGCUCCUUUUUACAAUGCUGGCAGCAGAUGGUGGACUAGAUGUCCCAUUUCACCCUUUGCCCCUCAGAAUGGGGGAUGUCUCUUGUGGUGGGGGGAGAUUGCAGGGGGUCUCCUCACCCUCCUUUUCCAUUUACACAUGCUGCUCUGUCAAUUGCACUAGCUGUGCUUUGGCUGCAUUACUUGUUACAUUCCUGCUCAAUCUGCUUCUGGAUUUUCUAUAUGAUGCUAUUAUGUAAAUGGAAACUAUUACAGAGA